AUGUGUUGUCGUCCAACAGCCACCAUCAUGCUGCUCCUGCCACUCUUAAUAUUUUUCCCUUCGUUGCUUAACUUGAUGUUUGCCAUGCAGAACAGCGCUCUCUAUCGAAAUCCAACAGGCAACCUUUCUCUCGGUAACUUUAAGUGCGACCCCUUCCAUUACCUUUGGGAAGAAAUACUUACAUCGUCCAUGGUAAAAGGUCAGUUUUUCUGCGCUUUCCUUUGUGUUGGUGAACCGAGGUGCUAUUCGUUUAACGUGGCAGAGUGUCCUGACUCCAACGGUCUUUAUCUUUGUGAGUUGUUGGUCACUGACAAGUACAGAGCUACUGGAAAGCUCUUUGCAAAUGCCACAUUCAGUCACUUCAGUCCUGGGGUAAGCUCUUCUUACAUAUUUGGUGAUUGAAACGCAUUUUUAUCGAUAGAAAUUGUAUUGUUUGUGGAACGUUCUCGGUCUCUUUUCAGUCUCCAUGUGAAAGUGCUCCUUGUAUGAACGGUGGUGUCUGUUUCCCUGAGUAUGAGUGGAACUCCUAUUAUUGUGGCUGUAAGCCUGGAUUCUGCGGAACUCACUGCAAACGGGGAGGUAGAAAAUGGUUUUUGUGUGGGUACUUUUUUUUUUCAGAUGUUGAAAAAUACAUUUGUAGAAAGUUUAGCUUCAACUUUUUUGUGAUUGGUUAUUUUCACUGAAGCGUUCACAAUUAUAGCCUCUUGAGAGCUCUUCAUACGUCUUAAGAGCUUCAUAUCCAGAUAAACACACAGCUGUCGCGAUAGAGCAGCUUUAACGCAAAAGUUUGCUUCCUUUCAAUACGUACACUAUGUCAUCAUUGUGUACAAUGGAAAUAUGAAGCACGCUAAUGAACGAAUUCUCUGACCAAAUGUUAUCCUCUCCAUUAAAACCCCAUGAGUUUAAUUCGAUGCUAAGAGCGCAUGAAAAAAAAUACUUGUAAUCAAUUUCUUCUUUUUUGCUUCUAAGGAGAUAAAACCUGCAGUCACAUCAAACUAUGCAAUCUCCCAAGUGGAUCUUACGUCAUCGACCCUGACGGAGAGGGCGGAGUGAAACCUUUCAAAGUCUAUUGUAACAUGACUGACAAGGACGGUGUUGGAGUGACAGUUGUCAGUCAUGACAGUGAAGGCAGGACGUUGGUGCGAGGGUUUGAUGGCAAAGGCUCUUAUUCUCGCUCCAUCAAGUACACGGAGGCUGAUAUGGCUCAACUGGCGAACCUGACAGCUUCAUCAGCUUACUGUGAGCAGUUUAUAAAGUACGAGUGCUACCACUCAGUGCUCUUCUUCAAUGGAGACAUGUACGGCUGGUGGGUGUCACGUGAUGGAGAGAAGAUGAAGUACUGGGGAGGAGUUGAUUCUGUUGAUUACAAAUGCGCAUGCGGCUUGAAUAAUACAUGUGCAAACAUUAACUACGGAUGCAACUGCGACAAGAAUGACCCCACAUGGCGAGAGGACAGCGGCCUCCUCAAAGACAAAUCCAAGCUGCCAGUGAAACAGCUGAGGUUUGGAGAUACCUAUUAUUACAGCAACAGGGGAUACCACAGACUUGGAAAGCUCAAGUGUUUUGGACUCAUUUAA